AUGACUUUUAACAAGUGGAGGCCAUAUUAUAAUAAACCUCCCAGAACUCCUGAUCCAAAAUUUAGAGCACCAAGUCAAGAUGAUCCAUCUGAUCGACUCCAUCAAAUCCCUUGUAAGUUUUGGAAAUUUGGAAAAUGUAACUGGGGUUGGAGCUGCCAUUUUUUGCAUGGCGAUAUGCCAGAAGAUGAUCCUCGUCGCCCAGAAUACAGAGGACCGCCCGUUGACUUCACUCAGUUUCCACGUCCAGUGAUUUCAUCUCCACAUUUCAUGAAUACUUCACCAAUGCACUUGGAUGAUCAAAAUAGGGUUCAUCCUUAUAGAAAUCCUGUUGUUGAAGUUAUAAUUUCCCAACCUGCUUUAAAAUCUCAAUUACCAUCUAUAAAAGAACAGUUACAAGCCGGAUGCAUUGAUAUCUUGUACUCAGACUCUCCACCGAUGACGAAAGAAAGAGCGUCAGAACGAAUGAAUGAAAAACUGAGUGAUUUCAUUCUUUAUAUUGACUAUAAUGGAAUUCUUCUCUUUCCUGGAGCAAUUCCUAUUACAACUUCCAACGCAUAUAAUACAAUUCAGAAUGAAUGGAAUUACAAAAACGUAAAUUUAACACAAGAACAACUUGAAUUAUUAAGUUCUACUGAAAUUGAAUCGAUUUUACUUCGCUUAGCACCAGAUGUCAUUGACAAUCUGAAUACAAACAUUGUAAAUCUCCAAAAUGAAACAGCAAAUGCCCUUUCCUCAACGAGAACUGUCAACUGCCAAUACGGACCAAAUGAAUUGCAUGAACUUCAGAGUAAACUACAGCAAUUCUUCAGCAAGCUAAAUAUCCUUAACUCGAUGCUUGCAGAUUUUCCUAUUUACACUAAUAAUCAGAAUCUGCAGGGAGUUGUUGUUCAAGUCUGUCCUCCUCUACCAGGAGGAAUUUCUUUGUCAGCUCAAAAAGUUUUCUCCUACAUCAUAGGCCGCUCUUUAACACAAAUUCACCUUUGUCUUUCGCACGUUCACAAAAUACUCAACGAAUACAAACAGCCAAAGGUUUCUUUCGCUCCCCCAACUCCGUCAAUACACCAAACUCCGCUUUGCUCACUCAACUGGGCUGUUAUUUGCGGAGAACCUCAAACUCCAAACAUCGAGUACGGAAAAAGGCUCGAGCCAGAGGUUGCAGUUGACACGCCAACAGAAUAUACGAUUUCCUUUAGAAAUCGUAUUGAGACUGGAUUUGCUCCAUUUGAUCCUUCUCGUAAUUAA